AUGAGCUUGUCCACCGACUUUCUUUCCAACAGCGACUCAGACGGUGGCAGCAGUAGUCUUUACAUAAGACCAGUGUUUUUGCGGAAGCGAGUGAAGCGGUCGGUGGACAAAAGCACAGAUCUUGUUACAUCUUUAGAAACGCAAGAUUCACAGGUAAGAGAUCAGAGAACAGACAGGGAAGCCAGAAUCGAAUCUAAAAAUGAAGAUUUGCGUGCGCAAUUUGAGAUUGAAACUGAUCUCACAAAAUCGAUCCGGACGCGGGGCCAGAAAAGUCUCUCAGAACCGCUUGCGGAGCGUCAAUGUGAAGCUGAAUCUUGCGAUGAGAUGUCUCCAUCGACGCUUUUUGAGGAAAGCUCCAAAAUAUGUCCAACAAACGCGAGUGAUGCAACUAUCCCGUUGCGACCAGUCAAAAAACCCAAGGUCAAACGUGAAGGAAUAGGCGAUAACGAACUGACAUUUGAAUACGGAGAUCCCGUUGCAGGUUAUCGGUUUGUGGGAAGUAAAAAUGACUUUGAAAAUUACGCCAAAACUAACGAACGGCAAUCGCCAUCAUCAGCAACAUCUACUGAGUCCGACAAGGAUGAGUGCGACGCAGAACUUUACGACGCGAAAGAGAAAACGUCACACUCAAAGCGCGCGUCCGAUAUCUCGCUGUAUAUGAGUGGUAGAAUCGCAGAUUUGAGGCUGCCCAUUGAACAUGCACCGCUUAUAGAUGAUGUCAAACUUGAGGACAUCGAGGAACCCAAAAUCGAUUUGUUUUUCCAAAGAUGCGCUUCGCAUCAAAAUAAACCACUGCGUGAGCUGUUGAAGCAGGAAAGGGUCGCAUGGCAUCCUGACAAGGCCCUUAGAACAAACUUCAAGCCAGGCACCGAACGUUCCAGCAAGAUCACCAGAGUUUUUCAGGCCAUAAACAGUCUGUGGGAAAAGGCGUAG